UUUCUUUUUAUUGUAAGAAUACAUCAUGGAGGUUAGGCCAAAUGAGACGGUCGAUAACUCGACGCAGUAUCGGCGACAUGUACCAGCAACUCCUUCGAAGCAACCUGUUGUUCCUCCUAACACAGUUGAGACCACCUCCGUUUCUCAGAGGUUACAGAAGGAAUUAAUGUCUCUCAUGAUGAUUGGAGGAGAUCUUGGAGUGUCAGCUUUUCCUGAAGGCGAGAGCAUUUUUGCAUGGAUUGGUACAAUUGCGGGUGGAGAGGGAACUGCCUAUGAGGGAUUAUCGUACAAGCUCUCUCUACGUUUUCCUCUAGAUUACCCUUUCAAACCUCCCCAGAUCAAAUUUGAGACGAUGUGCUUCCAUCCAAAUGUUGAUCAAUUUGGGAACAUAUGCCUUGAUAUUCUCCAGGAUAAGUGGUCUUCAGCUUAUGAUUGCAGAACCAUUCUUUUAUCCAUUCAAAGUCUCUUGGGAGAACCCAACCCGGAUAGUCCCUUGAACAGCUACGCUGCCGAACUCUGGAGUAACAAGGAAGAUUACAAAAGGAAGGUCCACAAACAGUAUUAUGCUGGAGAAGCAUUUGAGAGCUGAGCUGCGAGCUCCUCCUGUCCUUGAUGCCAUCAGAAAAUGUUAGCACUUCACGCUGUUGCUCUUUAAAGGUUUAGGGGAGGAGUCAGGAGUCAGUUUGGAUCCUUGUAUGAACGAAUAUUAAAGAACUCAAACCCGCAUCAUUUGUCAGGAUAGUUCUGUCCAUUGCCUUCUCUGAUUAAACGAGUGAUAUCUCUUUUUGUAAUUAUUAUAAAAUAAAGUCUACAAAGUUGUAUGGAAAGUUUUUCAAGAUAUAUAAGCAGAUAAAUUGUUUCCAGUUGUGAUUCCA